UCGCCUUAACGGUGACUCUUUGUGAUGCCCGGGCCCCUAGAGGCAAUUUUAUUCGGACUGAUCUACCUGAUGGCAUCGUCUCGAUUCCUCUGCAGCGCACCAAAGAUCAGAUGGCAUACGGAGUAGACUUUUGGGUUGGCAAUCCUCCACAGCCGGCCACUCUAUUAGCUGACACGAGCAGCAACUUGAUUUCAUUCGAGUCAUCGAUUGACGAUGUUUGCACACGGGGAUACUGCAAAGACUAUGGAUACUACGACAAUAAAACAUCCAGCACCAGCAAGUGGGUGGCCGGCGGGUUCACCAACGGCGUUAAUAACAAUGGCUAUGGAAGUAUCGUAAACGAUACGCUCCGUGUAGGUGGCCAGCAAUUUCCCAAUAUGCAGUUUGGAGUCACAGAAGGACACCAUGCGUCAUUCCCCCUCAACAACCAGUUGGCGGCGAUUCUUGGGCUCGGCGCGCGUUGUGCUACCCGACAGUGCGAUGAACAAUUGACAUUUAUCCAACAAAUGUACAAUAAUGGGUACAUUGGCAAGCGUGCAUUCAGCGUUUACCUCGGUUCAAACGAGCCAGAUACAGUGGGAAACCUUUUGCUGGGCGGCAUAGACCUAGCCAAGCGCAAGGGCAAGGUUUACAAAUUGAACAUGAUCGAUCCGCUCGACAGCCAGGUAUUUAGUAUGCCCAAUAUCGUUGGCGUCCGCGGGUAUAAGCUCGAAACUGGUCAGAUUACAAACCAAAACUUUCCCGCAGCUAACAACUCAACUUAUUCGCUACUGGGCACUGGUUCUCCCCGUCUCUAUGUGCCGAAGGACGUCUUUGAAGCUAUUGUCAAAUACUUUCGUUUACCCAGCACCAUUGACCCCAAGGAUACGCACUACGAAAUCGAUUGCAUUUGGCGUAAGAUUCAAGACGCGAAACUCACAGUCUCAUUCGACUCGGCAAACGUCACUAUUCCCCUGCACACACUUCCCACAAAGGUUGGGAAAAAGUGCUUUCUCGAUAUUGGCCCUUGGGACGGGGUCUUGGGCGAUCCGUUUCUGCGUAACGUGUAUGUCACGUUUAACUAUGAGGACCUUACAGUCGAAAUUUCACAGGUCCAGUAUACUAAUCAUACCAAUAUCGUACGUAUUUAG